AUUGUUUUAGAAGCAGUUCAGUAGUGCGUUAUGAAAGCAGUUCUGGCGGGAAGGACGGGAACAUCUACUGAUGAGGGGGGCCAGGUGAAACGCACCAGCGCCACAGAACGUCUGCAGAACCUAGACAUCUCAUCUUUGGAUGGAGACACGGCGAAAGCACUUCUCCACAAGAUUCUCACAAGUCUUGAAGAUGUCGCGAAGAUGAAGUCGUCUACCACGACCGCUGAGGAACAACAAAAUCGUCCCAAAUCGGGUUCUUCUACUCCCCCGGAUGAAGUCAGGCGAGCGUCUGAAAUACUGCUAGGAAUGAGAGGCGUCGACCAAUCAAGUGCCGCCACGUGUCAGGACACUGCAAAUGCAGAAAAUCGACAUCAGACUGGAAAGGAUGAGACCAACGCACCCGCAUCUUCCGAUGAUCUCGCUUCCCGUACCAAGAGCGCCAUCUCAACACUGGCAGAUCUGUGCACGGCGUUGAGAGAUGCCGAGCCGCAGAGAAUCUUUAUCCCCGGUAAGACAGCGAUCCGCCCGAUGCCUGAUUACUGCCGUGUGAUCUUCCACCCAUCGAGUCCAGACAUGGACAACAGAAAACGUAGGGCCAGGACCGUCUUCUCAGCACAACAGUUGAAACGUUUGGAGGAAGAGUAUAAGAAGUGCAGCUACCCUGACAAGGAGCGUCGCCAAAGCGUGGCGGAUGCUACCGGGCUGACGGAGGGCUGUGUACGGAUAUGGUACCAGAACAGACGAGCUAAGGACCACAGGCUGAAGGAUUCAGAAAGGCAGCGUGAAGGUGCGUCAGUUUCGUCUACGUCACAGCCGGAAAUGCCAGGUAUAAUUUCGUCACGUCCGGUAGAACCUGUCAGCCGGCUGCCUCCUUCCGAUACCGCUCCACCAGCAACACUCAAUCGGGCUGAGGAGGCUGCGAUGGAGGCAUUGGUGAACCUGUCUUCUACAACUUCUGCAGAGACCACGGCUUCACAUAACCCCAAUGAUAGCCUCGAUUCUGCAGCACAGAGUGACGAAGCACUGCCUGAUACUAAUAUCAAGUCUUCAUCAUGCAAGAACAUUGAUGCAGUUUCAAAAUCAGAACUGGUCGAACAGAGAAAUGUCGCUAAUCUUCAGCAAGCCACGGCGAAGAAAGAAAAAACACUGAUGAUACAAACCGAGCAUAACCGUAAUGCUAACACCAAGUUAACCCCAGUGACAGAUUCGUCUACUGUUGACAAACCAUCAGACGACGUGCGGAGAGUUCCGAGCGAAGAAGUCGUGAAGGCGUCAGGUGCGACAAGCCAACAUAAGUCACAGAGAGCGAUGAUAGCCUCCCUUGUCGCACAAACGCUGAAACAUUCGGAAGGUCCGGACUGCAAGAGAACUGUGGUACCGAUUGCGGUGGUUAACAUCCCUAUUGUUCGAGUUGACGGUAGCACAGGCGAAGGUGUAGACGGUUCAGGGAAAGGUUCUGAAAAGAUGAAGCCUGUGCCCUAUGUUGCCGUCGCUACAAGAGUUCCAGUCCCAAACACGGGAGAACAACCUGGAGGUUCAAAAAGGGGAGAUUUAGCAACACAGUCUGGAGAAGUUUCCCGCCGUGCUACAGCCAUUGGAAUCCCCUUCCAGGCCCUUCAAUUCCAAAACCAGUGGACAAAGAAGUCUUCAAACGUAAAUCAAAAGCACGACUCUUCAACCACCGUUACGGCCAAAAUACAUCCUGAUGUCCUCAUCUCUACGGCACCAACUAUCACUCGCACGGCGACAUCCUCCAGCGCUUCUAAAGUUUCUUCUCUUCUGGGAUUUUUAAUCUCAGAUCCACAAGCAAACGCGAAUCAGUUAGCCAGAUCGUCGAAGCCAACCGUACAGGACGCAAAGCCCUCAGAAAAGGGAUGUGGCGUAGAUAAAGAGAAGACUAGGUUGCCCAACUCUCAGAUUCCCUCGACAAUUGUGCUUCGCCUACAGCCUAGACCUCCGACAAUGACAGCAAAGCCGUGCACUACUGCUGGGAAACCCUCAAAAGUCUCUGAGAAAGAAAUGGGCCAACCAACUUCCAGUAGAGAUGACUUCAGUUCAACAUCUGGAACGAAUGAUCGAAAGAGAAAAGUCAGCGAAGCAGAAAGGGUCAACAAAGGGCCUAAAGUCGUGCAGACUCAGAUGUGGAGGGAACUGACGGAAGAAAAGAGCGUAGCAAAGAAAAGCAAAAACAUAACAAAAGGGAGCAAGAAGGCCAGCCCAUCACAACUGAUUCAACCUUCGACACAAGGCAACCAAUAUGGAGAUGAAACUCGGGAAAGAGAAAUUCCUCCAAAAGAAACUGCAAGGGAUAAGAACAAAUACGGAGAAAGAGAGCAACCAAAGCUGUCGACCGCUGACACCAAGCACCAGACUAGUGCCUGUACUGUCGAGUCUGGUGGCGAUGCGCUGAACUUAAAGAACAGCCAUCCAACGACGCUUCACUAUAAGAAGGGACGAGUCUGCCAAUGCCAUAAGUUACAGGAAAUCAUCGACUACUGCGUCCGAAAAGGUUCCGAGACAGCCAAAAUCGACAACUCCUGCUCGACGACCAAAGACGAUGGGUCUCUCCAAAGGCCACGAGAAGGGAAAGGACAAGCUGGCGAGCCACCGCGUCAAGUCCCCAGGUCCGGCGACUCUGUUCCCAAGACCAGGGCAUCAGGAACCGUGCGGCACUUGAAGAUUACGACGCCGAUAUCAAUAGCGACGACUGGCCGUUUGGCAAAUGUUCGCAGUUUCACAAGAUCUAGAGUCCCGGUUGGAUCUGUCCGGGCACCGCCGGUCAUCACCAACACUCAGCACGGUGGAGGUUUCCACCGUCCAACACCUGCCAGUUUUCGUCACGUCAACUUCUCGAAGAAACCCUGCCCCCUACCCGCUACAGUGAUUCCAAAGUCUACACCAGCAGCCACUGGGCAACUGUUCCUGAACAAUCAUCAGAAAACCGCUGUUCAACUGAAAACCAGAGGCGUUCGCGUUGUUGUAUCCCAUCCCUCCAACACUGUAAUUCUGCCAACUCUUCCAGUGUGUACGGGCCAUACUUACACAUCACCUCCGACAUUCACGAGGCCAACGGUCGGUGCGGUUUCUCAGCGGGCUCAUCCUACAUGUGGCGCUGCAGCUAUGUUCCGGUUAGGGUCAGUUUUGAAGAGGCCCAAUGCUAGUACCUUCAGGCUUCCAUUGGUCAUGAAACCUGUCGAACGUAAAACUACAGCAGCAACCACGGGAUACGUAUCAAGCGGGAUCCGUCUGCAACCUGUUCAGAACAGAGGACAACAACCUGCCGCUGGAUGUGUUAACAGACCACCGCCUGACCCUCAAGGGGAUGGUAACGCUCUGAGGAGACUGCAGAGGUUCACCGACGGGUUUAUGGAGAGGCACCGCUCAAGUGCGCCCUCUACCGAAUCGCGCAGAGAUGACAGGCCACCUCCCGCUAAAGUGCGACGCACGGACAUUUAAAGUUA